CUCCCCGGCGCGCCUCCGGAUUGGCUGAGCCGCCCGCCCCUCCCCCACGUGACCCGGGGCUUGGCCAUGGCCUCGCUGCGGCCCGCGGUGCCGCCCCGCCGGGCCCGGGCACCCGCCAGCGCCGCGUAGGGACGGGGUCACCGGGACCCCUCCGGGACCCCCGGGACCGCCCCGGGCACCCGCCAGCGCCGCGUAGGGACGGGGUCACCGGGACCCCUCCGGGACCCCCGGGACCGCCCCGGGCACCCGCCAGCGCCGCGUAGGGACGGGGUCACCGGGACCCCUCCGGGACCCCCGGGACCGCCCCGGGCACCCGCCAGCGCCGCGUAGGGACGGGGUCACCGGGACCCCUCCGGGACCCCCCGGGACCGCCCCGGGCACCCGCCAGCGCCGCGUAGGGACGGGGUCACCGGGACCCCUCCGGGACCCCCGGGACCGCCCCGGGCACCCGCCAGCGCCGCGUAGGGACGGGGUCACCGGGACCCCUCCGGGACCCCCGGGACCGCCCCGGGCACCCGCCAGCGCCGCGUAGGGACGGGGUCACCGGGACCCCUCCGGGACCCCCGGGACCGCCCCGGGCACCCGCCAGCGCCGCGUAGGGACGGGAUCACCGGGACCCUCGGGACCCCUCCGGCCCCAGCAUGGGGGAGAAGGCGGGCACCAGGGUGUUCAAGAAAUCCAGCCCCAACUGCAAGCUCACCGUCUACUUGGGCAAGAGGGACUUUGUGGAUCACCUGGACCGGGUGGACCCUGUGGACGGGGUGGUGCUGGUGGACCCCGACUACCUGAAGGACCGGAAAGUGUUCGUGACGCUGACGUGCGCCUUCCGCUACGGCCGGGAGGACCUGGACGUGCUGGGCCUCUCCUUCCGCAAGGACCUGUUCGCCGCCACGUGCCAGGCCGUGCCCCCCCUGCCCGAGGAGCGCCGGCCCCCCACCCGCCUGCAGCAGCGCCUGCUCCGCAAGCUGGGCCCCGCCGCGCACCCCUUCGCCUUCACGAUCCCCCAGAACCUGCCCUGCUCCGUGACGCUGCAGCCGGGCCCUGAGGACACCGGCAAGGCCUGCGGCGUCGACUUCGAGAUUCGGGCGUUCUGCGCUAAAUCCCUGGAGGAGAAAAUCCACAAGAGGAACUCGGUGCGGUUGGUGAUCCGGAAGGUGCAGUAUGCGCCCGAGCAGCCCGGCCCCCAGCCCAGCGCCGAGACCACCCGGCACUUCCUCAUGUCCGAGCGCUCCCUGCACCUGGAGGCCUCGCUGGACAAGGAGCUGUACUAUCACGGGGAGCCCCUGAAUGUCAACGUCCACGUCACCAACAACUCCAGCAAGAGCAUCAAGAGGAUCAAGAUCGCUGUGCGACAGUUCGCCGACAUCUGCCUCUUCAGCACCGCCCAGUACAAGUGUCCUGUGGCCCAGAUCGAGCAGGAGGACCAGGUGCCCCCCAGCGCCACCUUCUGCAAGGUGUACACCCUGACCCCGCUGCUGCGGCACAACCGGGACCGGCGCGGGCUGGCGCUGGACGGCAAGCUGAAACACGAGGACACCAACCUGGCCUCCAGCACCAUCGUGAAGGAGGGGGCGAACAGGGAGGUUCUGGGGAUCCUGGUCUCCUACCGCGUCAAGGUGAAGCUGGUGGUGGCCCGUGGAGGGGAUGUCUCGGUGGAGCUCCCCUUCAUCCUCAUGCACCCGAAGCCCCUCGAGCCCUGCCCGCCCCCACGGCCGCCAUCAGCCCUCCCCGAGACAGACGCCCCUGUGGACACCAACCUCAUUGAGUUUGAGACCAACUACGGGCAGGACGACGACAUCGUCUUCGAGGAUUUCGCCCGUCUGCGCCUGAAGGGGCUGAAGGACGAGAAGGAUGACGAGGACCAGCUCGGCUAGGGACCCCCCCAGGACCCCCGCCGGGACCCCCAGCCCUCCCCAAGGCCCCCCAAUAUCUGACUGCUGUAAGGGGUGUCCCCUCCCUUCCCCACACCCCGGGGUGGGGUGCCAUUUCAAGGGGACCCCCAACCCCUCCCCCCAAGCACUGGACUCGACUGGGCAUUACCCCUCCCCCCGCCCCUCCCCCCGCCCCUCCCCCCACUGUUUAUAUGUACAUUAAUUUUUAAAGAUGUUUUGGGGACCCCCCCCCCGUCCCUCCCCCGCCCCCCCCAGCUGCCUCUGAGCGGCGUUGGGGACACGGGGGGGGUCGUUGGGGUAAAUAAAACCUUUGAGCCAA